AUGUGCCAACCGGGAGAAACGCCCACCACUGAUCAGUUGGCUGACUUAGUCAGAGAUGGCGCCGCAGCACCACCGCUGGGAGUGAUCGCAGGAGCAAGGCGUUUUUGGCGUUUGGUCUUCAUGGCUCAGACCUUGGCUGUGGCAGAUGUGAAGCAGAUGGUGGAAGGUGGUGCUGAGACCAGCGCAGGGAAGCAGAUGCCUGCAGCGGAGCGGGUCGCCCGGAUUGCCAGGCAGAAGGCGCGUCUGUCGGGAAUUUCAAUGUCGGGUGAGAACGAGUGCGCGCACAGCAGUUAUGAUUUGAUUCUGGACAUGCUUGAGAAGAACGUUGUGGUUCAGUUGCCACCGUCAAAGUUCCCGAGUCGACGUAGCGAGCUCAGCAACGAAAAGGUGGUGAAAGAAGUAACGCUGGACUCGUCGUCACGCCUGCAACUCAGGGACCAGAAAACCGAAGUGAUGUGUGACACUGGGAGCGAACUAUUGCUCACACAGGCGUUACAGCGGCGAGCCUUAGCAUUGGACUUGACCAACGCUGCAACUUACGCGACUGUUCAAGAGUACAAUGACUAUUUGAUCAGGCAGUUACAAGCGACGGUCCCUGGUGGCUACAAGCGCGUGGAUGUGCAACAGGUACUCCGCGCUGAUCAAGAAGCAUUCAACCGCAUGAGUGAAUCGCUGACUGAGGGACUCCGACGCAAGCCGGAUGGGUCCUUGCCCAUGGACGAGGCGUUCAGACGACUGUUGACAGAUGCGAAGGUGGCCUUUUCUUUGCUGCCUUUAGCUGCCUUCGCCUGCGAGGCCUGUGGUGACAGGUGA